CCCUGCUACGUGACGUCACGCGCAGCCACGGUCAUACGCACUGGACUUCGGGAAAGGGUCGUUCAUUGCGGUAAAAAUAGUAAAGUAAAAACAACGAAGGCCGCGAGUUUUGCUGCCGAGCUGACGCCCCUGCGAAAUAUCGAAGAAAUAUCGGAGCCGUCUUGUUUUCCAGUGACUCUUCAGCCCAGAGAUGAAUUUCGAGCAGCCCCCUCCGUACCCAGGCGGUGGUCCAUCUGCUCCAGGCUACCCAGGCCAGGGGCCACCUCCUCAAGGCUACCCGCCCCAAGGCUACCCUCCACAAGGUUAUCCUCCACAAGGUUAUCCACCACAGGGAUACCCAGUGAACCCUAACUACCCGGUUGGCCCUGAAGGUCCCUACCCCGGCCCGGGACAGCCUCCGUUCCAGGGCUAUGCUGAACAGCCACAGUUUGGCUGGCAGGGGGGGCCCCCUCCUGGACCCAUGUAUGGGGAAGCACCAAAAAACACAGUGUACGUGGUGGAGGACAGGAGAAGGGACGACACGGGAGACACCUGCCUGACAGCCUGCUGGACGGCACUGUGCUGCUGCUGUCUCUGGGACAUGCUGACAUAACGUCCUCCUUCACCUGUCCAGCCUUAUUAGUCUCCUGCAAGCCGAAAACCUCAUCGCACCCCCCCCCCCCCCCCCCCCUGUCUGCCUUAAAACCUCGCUCCAUCUCUCCCCACCCCACCCCUCUUCUUUCUGUUUGUAAUCAGUAAACAAAAGCUCGUUUUCACUCCUCAGCUCAGAUAGGCUCCUCCAUAGCUUGUCUUGUAGCUGUUUGUAGCUGAGCUUCUUAGCGUAACCUGGAUCUGAAGCUCAUUUCUGAAAUCGUGCACCUACACACAACCUUCACACACACACACACACACACACACACACAGAAAGAUGCAGAUUGUACAUACUUGCUCCUUCAUUAUACAUGGAUCUCAGGCUUAUCUAAGUACGACGCUCUUUGGCACUUUACAAUGAUUUCCUCUGCAAGAAUCAACUCCUGCCUGCCCGUUAAACCCUGCCCCCGUCCCUUUGUCCUCAACUACAUUAGCUGCAAAAAGGAAAAAAAAAAAAAAAGGACUACUCUCCUCCGAUGGGCUCAGUCCCCACGUUUCACCCAGACCCUGGCUGCUAAUGAGACAUGGGUCGAUGUUUAGAAGCUUGAAAUAUAUACAUUUUAUUUUUAUUUUUUUUUGUCUUUUGUGAAAAUAAUUGAAAGGCAUUUUUAAACAUAAAGCUGAUCAAUGUUGGAUGACUGUUAACUUUUAAUGGCUGCAAUGUUAUUUUGUGCUUUUAUUGUUAUGAAAAAUGAUUCUGAUAUUAUUUGUAUUAUGAACCUUGGAAAUAAAACUGGAAUUAUCUCUGGGAAAUCUGUACUUGAUGAACAGAGGAAACCCUAUUAGUCAGGGGAUGCCUUUUUUUUUGUUGUUGCUUUGGAUGAGUCUUACAUUAAAAUAAUUUAUUGCUAUAAUUAAA